CGUCACUCGUCCGGCACGCCGAAACCGGUGUGUGACCUCAUCGCGCCUGACCAAUCGGCGGCCGGUCUUGUGCGGGCAGGGGCGGGGCAUUCACCAGCGCAAUUAAACAGCGGGGAGCGCAAAUUGCAAACGCAAAAACGUCCGUAGACGCGUUCGCUGUGGACCGGACAAAAAAAAAAAAAAAGUGGAGCCGUUUCGUGUCAGGGAACUCCGUGAAAGUUGCAAGCGGGUCGGGGGUGGGAUGCGUCUGUGUCCCGCAACCUUUAAGCCUCCCGGACUCUUACGGAAGCGUCCCGCCUUGCCCUGAAGCCCCCGGGGCUCCGCUGCCUCUGCCGCUGCCUCUGCCGCCGCCGCCGCCGCCGCCGCCACCGCGCAUCGCGCUCGUCGUUCCUAUGAGUGCGGCGUCCGGUCAGCCCUUCGUGGUGAUGCAGCGGCCACUCGGAAGCAGUUCCGCCUUCAGCAUUGACUCUCUAAUCGGGGGGCCGCCGCAGCCCAGCCCGGGACACUUCGUGUACGCGGGCUACCCCAUGUUCAUGCCCUACCGCUCCGUGAUGCUGCAGCCGCCGCCUCCGCCACCGCCGCCCCCGCCGCCGUCGACGACGACGACGACCACCGGACAUCACUCGCACUCGCACUCGCACCCGCACCCGCACCCGCACGCGCACGCACACAUCCCCGCGCUGCAGGGCGGCUUCUGCUCCAGCCUGGCUCUCACCUCCACGCUCAUGGCCUCUCUGCCCGGAGGUUUCUCGCCGAGACAGCAGCACCAGGACGCAGGGCGGAAGCACGCCGAGGACGCCAAGAGUUUGGGGCCGGUGGCGGCUAAAGAGGACGCGGAGACGACGGGGCCGACGGCCACAGCGCGAGGCCUGCACGCCGGUCCGGACGAGUCCAAAGAGGACGACUGCUCGCGCAGAGACGAGAGCCUCUCCAUGGACAGCGACGCGGAUUACAGCUCGGACGACAACAUGAUGAGCUCCGCGGCCGCCGGCCUGGAGGACGCCCUGCACCUCCACGCUUCGUCUGGCUCCGGCUCCGGUUCGGGCCCACCGGGAGGCGGCGGCGGGGGUAAGAACCGGAGGCGGCGGACCGCGUUCACCAGCGAGCAGCUCCUGGAGCUGGAGAAGGAGUUCCACUGCAAAAAGUACCUGUCGCUCACCGAGCGCUCCCAGAUAGCGCACGCGCUCAAGCUGAGCGAGGUGCAGGUGAAGAUCUGGUUCCAGAACCGGCGCGCCAAGUGGAAACGCGUCAAAGCCGGGAACGUCAACAACAAGUCCGGGGAACCCUCCCGGAACCCCAAGAUCGUGGUUCCGAUCCCUGUACACGUGAGCCGCUUCGCAAUAAGAAGUCAGCACCAACAGCUGGAGCAGAGCCGACCCUAGGACCCGAAGGAACCGAGCCGGGACAGCUGACGAGAACUGGCCUCUCAUCAG